AUGACUAACCACAGCUUUAUUGUCUAUGGAAAUCUUGCUGACUCGAAAUGGCUUGUGAAAGGCCUCGAAAACCUCGAAGACAACGUGGAAGAGACCAAUUUGCAACUUCGUCUGAACGUUGAUGCGCUGGGGUUGAAAAUUAUGGCUUACAAGAUGCAAGCAAUUUCGGCAGAAAAUGCUAUGAUGAUGUCGAUUCGUGCAAGAACGUCAGAAGCGACCCACGGCGCUUUCAAGGAAUUUUCUGUUAUGCAGGCUGACUCGAAACGUAACGUAAUCGUCCCAGAAGUAGAGGUAGCGUUCUGCGAAGUUUGUGGCCCUCCAGCUGCUUGGUGCCCGUAG